CCGAACGACCCCGUGACCAAUAUCUGCCAGGCGGCUGACAAACAGCUCUUCACUCUGGUGGAGUGGGCGAAACGCAUCCCACACUUCUCCCAGCUCCCACUGGACGACCAGGUCAUCCUGCUGAGAGCAGGUUGGAAUGAGCUCCUGAUCGCCUCAUUCUCGCACCGGUCAAUAACAGUGAGGGAUGGCAUCCUGCUGGCCACCGGGCUCCACGUUCACCGUAACAGUGCGCACAGUGCCGGCGUUGGCGCCAUCUUCGACAGGUAGGAGUGGCCCGAGCCUGUGUCUGACCCCGAGCCCGAGCCUGUGUCUGACCCCGAGCCCGAGCCUGUGUCUGACCCCGAGCCCGAGCCUGUGUCUGACCCCGAGCCCGAGCCUGUGUCUGACCCCGAGCCCGAGCCUGUGUCUGACCCCGAGCCCGAGCCUGUGUCUGACCCCGAGCCCGAGCCUGCCAAGCUCCUGCUCCGCCUACCUGCCCUGCGCUCCAUCGGACUCAAGUGCCUGGAGCACCUGUUCUUCUUCAAGCUGAUCGGGGACACUCCCAUCGACACCUUCCUCAUGGAAAUGCUAGAGGCACCUCACCAGCUCUCCUGAGCAGCCCUGUCCCCAAACUGGGGGGGCUGCUUCCCCCUCCCCACCCGCAUCCCCCAGCCAGAGCCAGAGUCCGCCCAGACACCCACCGCUGGGCGGAUUGUGUGGUGGCUGUGCUGCAGUCAGGGUGCAGACGGAGUGCCCUGUCCCAGAGAUGCAGACACUGGGGAGAGCGGGGUCAAAGUGCGCCUUCCCAACGCAUCAUCUACACACCCGACACUGCGAUCUGUCCCCCUCCCCUCGCUCAUCUACCCACUCCACCCUCUCUCCCUCCCCACUCCUGCCUGGCUCACUCGCCCAACCCAUCUCUGCGUUCCCUGAGGAUUCCUCACUAAGUGAGGCCAGUCUGCCGAUACAAGAUGGGAGGGCAGAAAAAGUCACCGACAUUUCAUCAGACCAAGCCUGGCUCAGAGUGUUGUGCGUGUCUCUCUCCAUGCUAAGGGAGAGCACGGAGGGCCAUUCAGGCUGUGGACGGGUGGCCACAGAGCUGCCUGUAUGUUGGAGCAGUGAGCACCCAUGGGAAACAGAGCCUGCCACCCCCCCCCCCCCCCCCCCCCACCUCUCUGCGGCAGGCAGCAUCAGUCAGCCAGGACUGCAACAUGGGACCAUGCUCAUGAUGGGGCCCAGCGGAAAGCGCUCGGAGUCUUUGUGGGAGAGGGGGAGAAGGGGUUUAGCGUCCAGUCAGGACCCGGAGUAGCUCGCUGAUGGGAACGGUAACUGCAGUGAGUUUACAUGGUAGAAUGUUUGGAUCGAUAACUGACAUUGCUUCACAGGCUGGCCCGGAAUCUUUGAUGGAUUAGAAUCUAGUUCUUUACUUUGUAUUUAAGCUGUGCUUUACCUGUCCCAGGAGGGUUUGAUGAGGGACAGUGCAGAGGAGCUUUACCCUGUAUCUAACCCCAUGCUGUUCCUGCCCUGGGAGUGUUUGAU